AAUCAGAAGCAUCAUCACAAGAAAUUCACAACAAGAAAGACCUCAAAAUCUCCAUUAAAAUUGCCCAAGAAUCGCAGAAUCCGGACCCGAAAACACUUGACAAAAUAUCGCAUGUAUUCACUUUUCUAGUAUAAUCCUAUCCUAUCUUAUAGUUUUGGUGGGUCGGAAAAUGGAUCCGGCGCCUAACGGUGAAGAACCCACUUCCUGGGAUGAAUUAUGUAACAUAAAUUUGAUUCCAUCUGAACUGUUCCUCAAAUUCAGAAAAGAAAUUCAGGGGUUGCGAGUUGGAGUCAAUUUGGAGUUCUACAAUGCCCCCAUCAAUGAUUUCCAAACUAAGCUUGUGCUGAAGCCUUUAUCCCCUGAACGGAGGUGGAAGUUCGCUUAUGAGCCUUUACAUCAAGAUGUUCGACUUCUUUCCAAAAAGAUUCCCGUUACAAAAUUUCUUAAUCUCCAGGUUGGGGUAGGCCAUAAUUUCAAGAUGAACGCAACUGGAUGGAAAUGGAAGCUCACCACCUGUUUGGGUGGAGACGGAGUUUCUCGGAUUCGGAAUAAGACAACGCUUGGCUUGGUUCCUGGCCUGGAUUUUAGAUUCGGGUGGAGGGCGGAUUAUGUUCUACCGGAAGCUACGGGAGCUCUUGGUACCAAUGAACCAUUGUUCAACUUGAACUCAGGGCGGUUGCAAGCAUCGUUAGAUAGAGUUGAGGCCAUUGUGACUCAUUCAUCUGAUAGGUUGUGAUCAGCUGUCAACACAUCAGGUAUGAUUAUCUCGAGACCUUUUCCGGAGCAUUUAAGAUCGACUUUUGACGUAGUAUAACUGACAACUUGUAGGAUACUUUCAAAGUAACUGGAAUCUUCAGCCAUUUAAUCCGGGAAUAUGCAUUUCACAUCUGCGUUUUUACCUAUGAUGUCUGUCUCUGAACAUGCUUCUUUUCACAUUAGCACGAUGAGUUAUAUUUCACGACAGACCCUCAUUGUGUUACUUAGCUGCAUUUAGAUUCAGAUGAAUUGGAUUUUUUGUAUAACAGUUUUCUUUCGGAAACUUCAAUCUUAGCAGGGCCAGCUUGAACCGAAAUUGAAUAGAGGUACACUUACUAAAUACGAAUGUUGUGGCUCUUCCGUAUAGCAUUAAGUAGCCAGUGUUUGAAGAAACCGGGAUUUCGAAUUCAAAUAUUCUCCUCAAAACUAAAGCAUGCUAAUGUA